UUCAUCGAUUCUCUCUCCCUUCCCACGCCAUUUUCCUGAAUGCGUGAUCUGGAGAUAGAAUCGAUUCAGAGCGAUCUCCUUGAUUUAUUCGCUUCUCUCUAUUUCAUUCCUUAAUCAGUUUCCUGAGGUUUAAAAAAUCGAAGCUUCUAUUUAUCAAGUGCUGUUGUUGAUUUGAUUGCAUUUUCUUGUCGGUUCGUCAAUGGCAUCUUUCUCUGUAUCCUGCCCCAACUCUUCUGCGUUUUCUGUCUGCGGAUCGCAACCACAGAAUCCGAAGCAGUCGAAGGUCUCCUUCCUUCCGGCUUCAACAUUAACUCCACCAUCUUCGUCAUUGCUAGCUGGAUCUUCGGCGCUUCUGAGACUUCAGGGGCCUUUGCGGAGCCGAUCAGCUGUUUGCAAGGUUGCCAUUGAAAAAUCAUCAAAUUCUGCUCCCGUACUUGAGACCAAGUUGGAAGUUCCAUCCUUACAGCCAAAAGAUGAGCCAGGAGAGCCUGCUCCCCAAAACACAGUUCCAGAUGCAUCAUCCAUUUCCGCAUUCAUGGCUCAAGUUUCCGACCUUGUGAAGCUUGUGGAUUCACGAGAUAUUAUGGAGCUUCACCUGAAGCAACAAGAUUGCGAGCUCAUAAUAAGGAAAAAAGAAGCUUUGCCUCAGCCUCCAGCUGCACCACCUGUUUUCAUGAUGCAACCCCCUUCACCUCAAGCUAUGCCAUCUCAACUGCCAGCACCUCAGUCUUCUGCUCCCAGUUCUCCUGCUCCAGCAGCCCCUGCCCUACCUGCUCCUGCGAAGAAGAGCAAGUCGUCUCACCCACCUAUGAAAUGCCCCAUGGCUGGAACCUUCUAUCGGUCUCCUGCACCUGGUGAACCAGUAUUUGUGAAGGUUGGAGAUAAGGUCAAGAAAGGCGAGGUUGUCUGCAUUAUUGAGGCCAUGAAACUGAUGAAUGAGGUUGAAGCUGAUCAAUCAGGAACCAUAGUCGACAUAAUGGUCGAGAAUGGAAAACCAGUUAGUCUGGACAUGCCUCUAUUUGUCAUUGAGCCUUGAAGUAUGUGAAGCAUCGAUGAGUUACAAGUUGGUACUCAAUUAAUAGGUUUUUUAUUCCAGCCUGAAAUUUUUGCCCUUUUCUUUUUCCUGGUUGGUUGGAUAGAAUUUAUAUUUCUCAUACCUGUAUUAAUCAGUUAAUAAAGAUCACAUAUGCUAAAAAAAAGUUAUUUUUCUCAAUCAAACUAGGGAUUAUUUAUUAAAACAUCAUUGUAGAUCUUUCUGAAAUGUAGAACUGUAUCCCAAGAAACAUUUACGGAAGGAGUUUGUGUCUGGAUACUAUAUGUGGUUGGCUAUAUACAAACAGCACUCAGAUUACCACACGGACUGAAAUGGUUUUUAAUUUCUUUGCUCUAUGCCUAUAGCUUCAAGCAUAUGGUCUUCACCAGAAAUGGAUUCAUUUUGCACCACUCACCGAAACACAAAUAAAUCUAUUAUCCUUGUAAAGAGGCAUUUUCAUGCA